CAAGAUCAUUUGAGGGUUGAGCUGUCUAGUGUCAUAGCAAAGGUGUCUCAAAUGUUACGAUAUGUGCCAUUUAUGUGGAAGAAAUUCCAAAUUGUACAUGUGUACAGUAGGCCCAUGUGAAUUUUGUUUAAAAUUUAAGUCAGUGGAUAUUGAAUUGGGAACCAGUCCAUGGUCUUUCUUUGUUAUAUUGGAUUGGAACUGAUAAUGUGGAGUUAAUGUUUUUAAAUUUUAAGACUUUGCAAUCUUUGCUCUUAUCUUUGUAUGGUUCCAGGGUCCAAGUCACUUCAUGAGAUGAGAUUCGGACCUUGUGAAAUUUGGACUUUACUUAGUUCCCUUAAAAAGUCAUCCGUGCCAAAUCUGAAAAGGGAAAUAAUUGCAUAAAUGAAGGACGUGAUUUAAAAAAAUAAAAGAUAUUGUUACACAACAGAAAGACCCCCAAAAAAGAAGGAAAAAAACUUGUGCAUGUACAGGGUGCAUCUUAAUUUGGGCACACAGAUGGUCAUCCAUACGGGUCACAGUUGUAAUAAAGGUAUACUUCAAACGAUCCAUAGAUUUUUAUAACACAGGCUUUUGUGCAUUUGUCCCCUCUUCUACGCAGUAAACAUGUAUGAAACUACAUGCCUUUUGGCUUUUGAGGAUUGAAAAACGUUUUUUUGAUGCUGAAAAACUGUUUGUAAAUACUGAACAAUUGUCCAUGCAGUUCCAGAGAACUGAGGUUGCCGUUGCUGUGGUGCAACUCAGGGCAGACACUGUUUAUUUUAUAGGCUGUUUAAUGUUCAAUUUGUGAAACCAUAUUUGCUAAUUGAAAACAAUUCUGAGAAACAGUUGCUGGAUUGUUGAGUAUCAUGCACUUGAACAACAAUUUAUCACUAAAGAAAAGGAAAUUCAUCUCAGCAAAAUAUCAGUCUUUAGUUCAUUGUGUGUUGGAAAAUCAGUGUAAUUUUGUUGUUUUUCUCAGGGAUGAUAUAAAUGUGUAAGUUUGUGGGAAAACCGAAAAGAUAUCCAAAUUCCUUGUGAAACAGCAAGCCUAUAAUCAGCUUCUAUACCGUGAGCGGAUUAUACAGAACUGAGAAAAUGAGUGGACGUGUUGGGGACCUCAGCCCAAAACAGGCAGAGAAAUUGAAGCUGUUCCGUGAAAGAAUCUCAGAUAUAUUGACGGCAGAGCAUGAUGAUCACAACCUUUUACGAUGGCUUCGAGCAAGAUCAUUUGACCUGGACAAAGCAGAAAAGAUGCUACGAAAUCAUAUUUCCUUCUGUAAAGAGUGGAACAUUGAAUACAUCGUAGCAGAAUGGAAAGCACCUGAGGUCCUGGAGAAGCACAUGAUUGGUGGGCUGUUUGGGGAGGACAAGGAGGGACGGCCAAUCUACUACGAAGCCUACGGCAGCGUGGACUGCAAAGGUAUCAUCUACUCCAGCACCAAGGACGACUUUGUCCGGUACAAGCUGAGGAUAUGCGAAGCCAUCUAUCAGAGGUUCGAGGAACAAACCAAAAAGCAUGGCCGGAGAAUCGAUAACCUGACCAUGAUCCUGGAUCUUGACCAGGUGGGCCUCAGUCAUCUUUGGAUGCCGUUCCUGAAUGUCUACUUUGAUGUGCUUAGCAAGUUUGAAGCAAACUACCCCGAGACCCUGUACCAGUGUUUCGUCAUCAAUGCACCUUCCAUGGUGUCAGUGGGCUACAAUCUCUUCAAGCCCUUCCUCAGCUCGGACACGAGGACAAAGGUCAAAUUCUUUGGGGGUAACUACAGAAGUAAAUUACUGGAGGUUAUCAGUCCAGACCAGCUACCCAAACAUUACGGCGGCACAAUGGUAGAUAACGGCGACCCAAAGUGUAGUGACAAGAUCAAGUACGGAGGUAAAGUGCCCAAGUCCUACUACCUCAAGGAGCUACAGUUGGCCAGCUCCAUUCACCUGAAGAAAGAAACCGUUGCUAGUGGUGCUAAGCUGCAGAUUCCUCUGGAAGUAACGGUGCCCUCCUCUGCCCUUCGGUGGGAGUUCCACACUGACAAGGAUGACAUCGCCUUUGGGGUCUAUCGCAAAGAAACAACUUCGGAUGGUUCCACUCGGUUGGUGGAAAUUCUGCCAAGCACCCGGUUCACCUCUCAUCUGGUCCCCGAAAGCGGGUUGGUGGAAUGCGCUCAAGUUGGAACCUAUGUGGCUGUCUUUGACAACAGCUUCAGCUGGGUCAAGAGCAAGAAGGUGUUCUAUGCGGUGGACAUCAUCCCUCCAGAUUCAACAGAUGCAGCAUCGAGCAGUAAAGAGUGACCUAGGGGAGUGUUGGCAGAAGAGCCCCAGAACAACCUCCCCAAGGAAUAGUAAAAGCAAGGUUACUAGGCAGCUGUAGAAGUAUUCACGUCUCUAUGGAUUAUUGAUCCCCGCUCCUUCCUACCCCCACCCUUCUCCUGCUCCUAUCCCUUGCCUUAGCACCCAAUUGAAAGUAGUUAAUUAUAAGAAUGCGUCCCAGCCUGACAAAAUAUGUCAGAGGUCCCCAGAGCUUCUCUUAGCAAGAGGCCCAUAAAGGAAUCUUGCACAGUCCAAAUAAGUUGCAACCUUGAACAUUUUCCACCCAGAUAAUUGUAUCCUGAUUUUUGUCAGGAUACCAUAUACACCAAGUGAUUUGUCAAAAUGAGGAGACGAGUUUGUUCUUUCCAAUGUAAACGAAAUCAAGUUUACUUAAAAAAAAAAGAAAUGGCCUUAAGACCCAUUUUGUGGGAUCUGGUCGCAAAUGCUCUUUACUAGCUGUUGUGAAGGCUACAUGUGGCACAGUACUUGGGACAAAAUUAAGUUUGAUGAAAUGGAGUUUUGAUGCACAGAUUAGCAAAAUACUUCCGAGAAGCAGUAUAUUUCAGCAAAGCAGUACUGUAGUUGAGUUCUUCUCUGAGUAGAAAUUGAGCCUUUGAAACUGGUACAUAUACAAGUUUACAUUUUAUCUCAGGGAGUUAGCUUAAUGCCUUGACAAGAAUGACUACUGAAAUGUUACAGGAUUUGUUUCUCCAAGAAGUCAUGGAUAAGGUUUGAGUUCUUGUGUUGAUACUGAAUAUAUCCUGCAUACAAUCCACCCAAAACUCAUCAUGCACUUACUCAUCCAAAAUACUCAGUCAGUACAGGUUUAGUACUUAAGGUGAAUUCUUGUUGUACCAUCUGAUAUGUCAGUAAACUCAAGACUUGAGAAAAAGACUCAUCAAUUCUGCUAGUUGAUGUAACCUCCCAAAAUAUGUCACUAUGAAGUGUCGUCGAUCCGUAGUGCAAAGGAUACAACAGCUUUUCAAUUUCGUCAUACAUCGACUUUAAAUCUCCGUGAGGAGGUGAGGUGGGCUGACAGUACUACGAGAUUAAAUACGCAAGACUAGUACGACAACACCGUCUUGGGUCACAGAUAAGGCUGAAUCAGCCCAUUUAAUUCUUCAUCUGUGCCUUGCAAAUACACUCGUUUUUCUUAUGAUGCUUACUCUCCCCAUCCAUUCUCCAUCUCCCCCAAAACAUUCCGUUUUCAGAACAUCUCCCCACUUCUUAAUUCGAUAGAACCCACAAUCGAUAUUAUUUUCUAUUGCUCUUAAAUGUGCACAGUCGCAUCACGCGCAGCUUGGCUGCACACGCCCAAAGAAAGAGACAUCUUAUUUAUGUAGUUCCCAAGUGCGUUUACAUAUUUCUUUACAUAUGCACCUUUAAAUCUGUUCACAAUUGUAAAUUCUACUUAAGCAUUCUCUACGGUUUAGGUCAUGACUUUCAAUCCACUACAACUAUAAAGCUUAAUUGGGCAUUUUUUUCUUUGACAUGGGUGUUUUUUGAAAUGAGUGGAGGGGAUCAAUGAAUUCAUACUGCUGUGGCAUAGAACAUAUGUAAAAUGUUAGCCUCUUUCAAUGCAUAUUUUUUAAAAGACCUUGCGUGUUAGCUUUGUAUGAAAAAUGUUGACAUUCAAUUGAGAUGAUUAGCCCUUUUUAGUGAUUGCAUUAAAAGGUUUGCUACGUAGUGAACAUGGUGAGGUGAAAUGAUACAUUUCCGUCAGUGACUGUUACCAAGAAAGCCGUUUGAUUUGAAAAUAUACCGAAAAUAUACCGAUGUAGUUUGAACUCUUUGUUCUUCAAAACUUCAAUUGUAGCUGCUAUUGCUAAUCUGUUUGAAAAGUUUUUAUCUCUAGUGCAAUGAUAGUGAAAAGUAAUACAUGUACUUCUUGAAAGUUUGUGUGGUGAUGGGUAGUUAGUAUCAGAGAUUGUAAAAGUGUGUUGUGGGUAUGUCACUUUGUGAGUUGUGUAGCUCUGCAAAGAACAGGUUAUGAAGUACAGUGUCAGGAGCGGAUUGAAGAUGUGGUUUUUACUUACAUUCAUGAUUAGAGUGUCACUGGAUGAAGAUUUGAAGACGUUAAGUUCAAUAGUUACUUUGAAAAAGCAAGCCUAAAGUUUUGUCUUGAAGUGAUACAAAAUAUGGUGAAUGUAUACAAGACUAUCUUGGCAUCUUCUACAAAAAGUAGACCAGUAUUACACAUCGUGACAUAGCACAGUAUUAAAAAUAGAACUAAAUGUUCUAAGGGAGAAAACAAACAGGAAUACAUAAACUUGAUUUUUAAAAGAGCCAGGAGCACAGUAUUAAAAAUAGAACUAAAUGUUCUAAGAGAGAAAACAAACAGGAAUACAUAAACUUGAUUUUUAAAAGAGCCAGGAGGGACAGAAUUUGCCCCUCAUUAUUUGCUGAUUCUUUAAGAAGUUUUAGAGUAACUCUGAGAAAUCAUUUUGACACUAAUUUUGUGAAAAUUGAACAUACCUGUCUUGCACACAGCCCAUUUUCCAAAACAGGUCAGCCAAAAGUGUAUACUUUUUCCACUAUGGUGCUUAUUGCAUGCGGGGUGGCACACAUGUAGCCUUCAAAUGACAAAACAAAACUGUUUGUCUGAUUGACUUCAGACUUCACAUUUGAUAUAAUAGGGAGUGUCUGCACAUGCAUGCUAAGUUUCCAAAAUAUCAAGCAUGGCAAAACUGAUGUAUUCAUUUUGAAGAAACAAAGUAAUAUUUUACACAAUUUUACACAAUUUACACGUGAUUAAAGUAUUUUUGUUGACAGAAAUGUUGACAUGUUAAAAUGAGAUGUUAAAAUAUUUCCAUGUAAACAUUUUAAUGUAAAGGUUAGUAUGCUUUAAUUACUAAAACAAAUAAUAGCUAAAAGCACAAAUUUUGUAUCCCCAGAAUUAGAUUCAACCUUUUGCUUUCAUUUUUAUUUUCAUAAAUUAGAGCCUUUAUAUAAAGUGUAUAAUUUUUGAUAGAAUAGAUUUUGAAAUUAAAAAAAUGCAUUAAAUUGUCUCUCACCUUAGAGUUUUGAUCAGGGUUUUUCUUUUAAUAUUUUUAAUUGACAGCAGCUUAUUUCACACAAUUCUCAAAGAGAAGUGAAUAACUUGUUCAAUUUUUAUGGGCCUUUUUAAAUUAAGUACUUGCCUGAUCUACUCACACCAACAAAGUAGAUGUUAAAAAUUUUCUUGAUGCCUUGCCAAAAUUGUUGCCUUAAUGUUGAUGUUGGGUAAAUAUUGGAGGUUUGAUAUUAUAGGGCACUAGGUUGGGGUGUAAAAUGAGUUAAGGGAAAAACCCCUCCCCUAGGUUUCAUUGCAGUAAAAGUUAUUUUAGCUGAAAAAAUACAUUAUGUGCUUACCUAGGAAUUUUCACACUGACGUAUGUCAUGUAAUUUCUCUGGAAAUAGAACUAUUUUGGGGCAUUAAUUAUUAUCGACUGGUUAAAAAAAAUUGAAUGGAUUUCCAUUUGUUUGUGGAUGUUUUAGAUAGUCAGUGGCUAUUGAGUGGAACAAAAUAAACAGCUCUGUCCUGUG